GUGGAGUAGAGAGUAACCCUAGCAACAGCAGCAGCAGCUUUUCAGCUCACGACGAGAAGAGGGAUCUUAGUCGCAGUCGCAUCUCAAAGAAGAUGACUUUCAAGCGUAGGAACGGAGGGAGGAACAAGCAUAACCGUGGCCACGUGAAACCAAUCAGAUGCUCCAACUGUGGCAAAUGUUGCCCAAAGGACAAGGCCAUAAAGAGGUUCAUUGUGAGGAACAUUGUGGAGCAAGCUGCUAUUAGAGAUGUCCAAGAAGCUAGUGUCUACGAUGGAUACACAUUGCCGAAACUGUAUGCGAAGACGCAAUACUGUGUCUCGUGUGCUAUCCACUCUCACGUUGUUAGAGUCCGUUCCCGCACCAACCGUAGGGUUCGUACUCCCCCUCCACGUUUCGUCAGACGCAAGGAGGAUGCUCCCAAGCCUGGACAACCUGGUCAGGCUCCUCGUCCUGCUGCAGCUGGAGCUGGAGCUGCACCGCGUGCCUAAAGCCUAAUUUCAGCUUUUGAAGCUUUUUCUUUUGUUUGCUUAAUGUUUGGUUCAGGUUACUACAACCAUGUGAAUCUCAAGCUGUUUUUGUUUUUGUAGCUGGUGCUUUGACUUUUUAUACUUUUAAACCUGUGUGCUCUCUGUUUCGCUUCAACGGAUUAAUACUUUCAAUUUUUCUCAUCUGU